GAGGGAUGAGGUGGUCCGCUAUAUAAAGGGUCACCAGGCUGACCUCCAGAUCUGCAGAUAGAUUUUCGUCUCUGACUUGUGCUGAUCCGUCUCCUCGGCAGCCAUGACUCUCCUGCUGACUCUGCUGGGAGCGGCGCUCGGCUCCCUCACCGUGUCGUCUGAAGUCGUCCCUCAGGCGGACUUCGACCUGCAAGGGAUGGCGGGGAAGUGGUACCUGAUCGGAUUCGCCACCAACGCCCAGUGGUUCGUCAGCCGCAGGGACACCAUGAAGAUGGGCACCAGCGUGUUCACCCCGACCGCCGACGGGGACGUGGACAUCUCCUACGCCAGUCUCAACUCCGAUGGUUCAUGCUGGAGACUGAACAACCUGGCAACAAAGACCGACAUACCUGGAAAAUUCACAUACACGAGCCAGCGCUGGGGAAGUCUGAACGACAUGCGCUUUGUUGAGGUGAAGUCUGACGAAUACGCUCUGACUCAGACCAUCAAGUCCAAGGGGAGCGAGCUGACCGUCGUCAACAAGCUGUAUGGACGCGCAGCGGAUCUCAGCAAUGACCUGCUGGUGAAGUUCAAGCAGUUCUCCCUGGACAGCGGCGUCCUGCCGGAAAACAUCGUUUUCCUGCCCAAAAACGCGGAGUGCCCAGCUGCUUAAGAUUUGAACAUCUCGUGCGAUCAACUCCACAUCCAUCAUCACGGCAUCUUUCCUCUUGUUCAGCCUCUGACUCGGCUUUCUCACAUUAACAACUGUUCGGAUCACGACUUCUCCUCACGGCACCCGGCUUUUAUUUUCUCACCCCACCUUCACCACUGUUGGCAAAUAAAAGAAACGGAUAAAAUACUUUGCUUUAUUAUCUUUUUUAACAAAUACGUCGAAGUACAUCCAUAACAACACAGUCGGGAUUUCCUUUUUAUCAAGUGUUUACAUCUACACGCUUUGUACAGAUUUGUAUACAAAACAAUAAUUUACGUCCCAUAGAAGUCUAGUUACACAUAACUAUACAACAACUUGUAAAUGAAAUAAAUAUAAAAACAAAAAUGAUCACAGGUGA